GUAGAAACACGCCAUUUAGCCACAAAAAAGCACUGUAAAAUUGACCUGCGAACUCUCAAAUUCGACGCUUACUUUUGAGAGAAAUAAUGGCAAAAUCACCAGAAGAUGAACAUCCAAUCAAAGCUUUCGGAUGGGCUGCUCGAGAUUCUUCUGGGUUACUCUCUCCCUUCCAUUUCGCUCGAAGGGAAAAUCGUGAUGAUGAUGUUAGUAUCAAAGUCCUUUACUGUGGUGUUUGCCAUUCUGAUCUACAUUUGCUCAAGAAUGAUUGGGGUGUCACAAAUUAUCCAAUUGUCCCGGGACAUGAGAUUGUUGGGGUUGUGACCUCUGUUGGGAAUAAUGUGAAGAAAUUCAAAGCGGGCGAUCAAGUCGGGGUCGGUGUCAUAGUUGGAUCCUGCAGAAGUUGUGAAAAUUGUGAACAGGAGUUGGAGAAUUACUGCCCCAAGAUGAUAUAUACUUACAACUCACAUUCAUUUGAUGGAGAAAAGACUUAUGGUGGUUAUUCUGAUAAGAUCGUCGUUGAUCAGCAUUUUGUGCUCCGAUUUCCUGACAACUUACCCCUUGAUUCUGGAGCUCCACUUCUUUGCGCUGGAAUCACAAUUUAUAGCCCUAUGAAAUACUAUGGAAUGACUGAAUCUGGUAAGCAUUUGGGUGUGGUUGGUCUUGGUGGGCUCGGUCAUGUUGCUGUUAAGUUUGGCAAGGCAUUUGGGUUGAAAGUUACUGUCAUUAGUACCUCUCCAAGAAAGAAGGAGGAAGCCAUUGACAGGCUCGGUGCCGAUGCUUUUCUUGUUUCAAGUGAUCCCGCACAAUUGAAGGCUGCCAUGGGGACGAUGGAUUACAUUAUCGACACGGUUUCCGCAAUCCAUGCUCUUGCUCCAUUACUUGGUCUGCUAAAACUGAAUGGAAAGUUGGUCACUGUGGGUUUACCUAACAAGCCCCUAGAGCUGCCAGUUGUUUCUCUAGUUCUCGGUAGGAGGAUGGUUGGUGGAAGCAACUUUGGAGGGUUGAAAGAGACACAAGAGAUGUUGGAUUUCUGUGCUCAGCACAACAUCACAGCAGAGAUUGAGCUCAUUCAGAUGGACGAUAUUAACAAGGCCAUCGAAAGACUUGCAAAAGCAGAUGUCCGAUACCGGUUUGUGAUCGACGUUGCAAACUCCUUGAAAUAGAUGGUAAAACUUUGGCUAUCCUAUAAUACAAACCAGAGUAAGAGUGAGCCAGAUAGUUCUGGUGAAUAUAUGCUUUAACUGUCACAGUUGUAAUGUUGGCUCUACAUGUUGAAUUCAGAAACCUUCUGAUUAUUCCUUUGUUAAGCUACAUAAUAGUUUAUAUCCUUCAUCUAUGACUGCUGGCACGAUUUUCUUGAAAGGCUGAAAAGCAGAUUCUCUUCA